AAAUUCAAAUUCAAAAUUGACUUAAAAAAUAUUUGUCAUUCUGAUUACUUCAGUUUACUAUUUAUACUGAUUUGGUUGUGUCGUUGAUGUGAUUUUCUAUUUAUUGUAAAUAUUUAUUAAAACAAUAGCAAAGGUAUAUUCCUCCCUUUUAUUCAUGCAGUCCACCAUACCAUACCAUCUUUUUUAUAUUCAUCAAUGGUAUAAAAACUUGCAUUACACAAUAUAUUUUUAACUCAUCAUAUGGUAGCGACUUUAUGUUUGCAGGAAUUUUAUUAAAUGUUUGUAUACACAUGUGAUAUGCGCUUUUUAGGGUUCCGUAGUCAACUAGGAACCCUUAUAGUUUCGCCAUGUCCGUCUGUCUGUCUGUCUGUCCGAGGCUUUGCUCCGUGGUUGUUAGUGCUAGAAAGCUGAAAUUUGGCAUGAAUAUAUAAAUCAAUAAAGCCGAUAAAGUCGUCCAAUAAAAUCUAAAUUUUUUUUUUUAGGGUACCUCCCUUACACAUAAAGUGGGGGUGAAUUUUUUUUCUCGCUUCAACCCUAGAGUGUGGGGUAUCAUUGGAAAGGUCUUUCAAAACUAUUACGGUUUUUCAAGAAACAUUUUUUGAUAAAGUGAAAAUAUACGGAGAUAAUGGCUCCGAAAAAAAAAAUUGUGUCCCCCCCCUCUAACUUUUGAACCAUAGGUCCAAAAAAUAUGAAAAAAAUCGUAGAAGUAGAGCUUAAGAAAGACAUUAAAUGAAAACUAUAGCGGACAUGAUCAGUUUAGCUGUUUUUGAGUUAUCGCAAAAAGUUUUCCCUUCAUAGUAAAAAGACUUACUUUAAUUAGGUACUGAUUAUGCAAAUUUGCCUAUUUGCUUAACUCGGGUGAAAGGUACCGUUUCAUCCCUUGGUUAACAAUUUACUAUACCUUAAGCUCCAGUUUAGCUUAUUGUGACGGAAGAGUAACUACGGAACCCGACACUGAGCGUGGCCCGACAUGCUCUUGGCCGGUUUUUUAAAUAUUGGUUUGACGACUGAUUUUUUAAAUAUCGUAGGGAAUGUGCCUUGUUCGAAGGAUUUGUUAAUCAAAUACUAUAGAUGAACUGCCAGUAUCGAUGAAAUACUUUUUAUGAUUUUGGUCGGUAUUUCAUCAAAUCCAGUAGAAGAGGUAUUUGUAAGAGAGCAUAUGAUUUUAUAUAUUUCACUCGGACCAGUUGGCGUUAGAAACAUAAUGUUGUGUUGAGAUACUUGAGAUUUAAAGGUUAUUAUUGGCUUUGGGAACUGAUUGCUGUUCUUAGAUGAUUGGUUUAUAUUAAUAUAAUAGUCAUUAAAAUCUUCUGCAAUGUCUUGAGACCUGUGUAAUUGGAUUUCAUGCCUGUCUGUAAUACUAGUUAUUUCUUUUUAGGGUUCCGUAGCCAAAUGGCAAAAAACGGAACCCUUAUAGAUUCGUCAUGUUCGUCUGUCUGUCCGAAUAUGUCACAGCCACUUUUUUCCGAAACUAUAAGAGCUAUACUGUUCAAACUUGGUAAGUAGAUGUAUUCUAUGAACCGCAUUAAGAUUUUUACAAAAAAAAAACAAUACAUUUUGGGGGUUCUCCAUACUUAGAACUGAAACUCAAAAAAUCUUUUUUCAUCAAACCCAUACGUGUGGGGUAUCUAUGGAUAGGUCUUCAAAAAUGAUAUUUAGGUUUCUAAUAUAAUUUUUUUCUAAAGUGAAUAGUUUGCGCGAGAGACACUUCCAAAGUGAAAAAAUGUGUGAAGUUACAGGGGGGCCUGUAACUUCUAAAAUAACAGAAUGAAAAAUCUAAAAAAAAAUAUAUGAUAUACAUUACCAUGCAAACUUCCACCGAAAAUUGGUUUGAACGAGAUCUAGUAAGUAGUUUUUAAUACGUCAUAAAAUUAAAAAAAAAAAUUUUUUUUUUCUUCAAACUCAUACGUGUGGGGUAUCUAUGGAUAGGUCUACAAAAUGAUAUUGAGGUUUCUAAUAUCAUUUUUUUUGAGUUUCAGCACAGAUUAGAUAUUUGUAACUAAUCCGGGCUAUCGGUAGAUUGUGAUGAGACUUUGUUUAAGAUCCAUUGUACAGUAAACAGCGCCCCAACUGAAGAUAGUGCCCACUUAGCUUAAGUACCCUCUUAGCUUAAGUACCCUCGUCGCCGUACUAGCUGUUUAGUAAAGUAGAUACUCAGUCUGGGGUCCGUUUGGCAACUAAUCCCAAGAAUUGGCGUAGGUACAAGUCUUUACGAAAACGUCUGAUAUCUGUCCUGACUUUCCAACCCAUAGAAACUAUGCCUUUUGGGGUUAGUAUGGUUUCCUCACGAUGUUUCCUUCACCGUGUCCUGCAUGGAUUCAAGCAUUAUUUUUGCCCAUAUACCAAACCCUGUCGCUCCAUAAUCCAUGCUCGAAAAUGCGUACCGUAAUGUAAGACACAGCCUGAAGUAGAGUUGUUGUUGUAGUGGAGGAGCGGGCAGUCAAGUCGGAGGUGUCGGCCGCGGCGAGUGACGAGGACUGCGUGUCGGUGUGUUCGGACGGCAGCGCCGCCCGCGCCAGGGCACAGCUCGCGAUGGCUUGUUCCGUGGUGCUCGAGCGCCUCCGCGGCGACGCCACUGCGAACAGCGGAGGCAAACCAUACAGCUGCGAACUCUGUGGCGAACGUUUUAUAAAUAAGUCUAUUUUAAGGAAUCACUUACAAUAUACCCACUUAUCGUCUGGACCCAAGAGAUAUGCUUGUGAUUCUUGUAGUUUUACGUUUCAAACCAAAUUGCUUGUAAUAGAACACGAGAAAAGCGAACACGGUGUCACAAAUUUCAUGUGUGCUGAUUGUGCGUAUACAACAAGUUCCAAGAAGACUUUGGAGACUCAUUUAAAGAGUCACUCUUUGGAAAAAAACUUCAAUUGUAGUCACUGUAGUUACACAAGUUUGUGUAAAAGUGAUUUACACAAACACAAAACAAUACACUUUGCUGGAAAACCUUUUGAGUGUAGCGACUGUGAUUUCAAAUGCAGAGUUGAAUCAAAUCUGCGACGUCACAAGAAGACACACAAUCGGAGGCAACAGAGAAUACUCACUGGAAAACAGCCUAACAAAUGUAAUUAUUGCGACUACAAGUGCAGUACUAGUUCUAUUUUACAAAGACACGAAAGAAAACAUACUGGCGAGAAGCCAUUUCAUUGUAGCCACUGUGAUUACAAAUGCAGUUGGAAGUCAGACUUACAAAGACACCUGAUGAUACAUACUGGGUCGAAGCCAUUUCAGUGUAGCCACUGUGAUUACAAAUGCAGACAUAAGUCAAACUUACAACAACACCUGAUGAUACAUACUGGAGCGAAGCCAUUUCAGUGUAGCCACUGUGAUUUCAAAUGCAUUCAGAAGUCAAACUUACAAAGACACCUGAUGAUACAUACUGGGGCGAAGCCAUUUCAGUGUAGCCACUGUGAGUACAAAUGCAGAAAUAAGUCAACCUUACAACAACACCUCAUGAUACAUACUGGGGCGAAGCCAUUUCGGUGUAGCCACUGUGAUUACAAAUGCAGUCGGAAGUCACACUUACAAAGACACCUGAUGAUACAUACUGGGGCAAAGCCAUUUCAGUGUAGCCACUGUGAUUACAAAUGCAGACGGAAGUCAUACUUACAAAGACACUUGACGAUACAUACUGGGACGAAGCUAUUUAAAUGUAGCAGUUGCGUAUAUAAGACCAAUCGGAAAGGAGACUUGCUAAAACAUGAGAUGAUACAUACUGACUAAAAGCCUUUUCUUUGUACCCACUGCAACUACAGAAGUGGAUAUAAAUAUGAUUUACAAAGACAUCUUAAAACGAAACAUUCCGGUGAAAAACCCAGAAAUAGUUCCUACAGAACAUGUGUCGGGUGUGGGCUAUGUGGUGUAUGUGUCGUGGCUCCCUUGCACGAUGUGUUCCCGGUGUCGUGCCGGCGUGUGUCGUGCAGGACGAGCGAGUGGCGUGUGUAGUGGCGAGAGGCUGCUUCAGGUUGCGUCUCCACUAGAGAUGUGCGAGGAUGCGUAGCGAGGGAUGUGUUGUUUAAGAACCAAGAAUCACAUCAUUUGUUUUCCUUUCCUCGCUCAGCGUGUAGUGAUUCUAUUGGUUCUUAUAACAAACACAUCCCUCGCUACCGACCUGGACAGUAAGGCUGUGUUCC